CACAUGGCGUGGGUCGUGCUCAAGUUUGGCGGCACAAGCGUCUCGACCGCGCCGCGCUGGCGCUGCAUCUGCCGGCGCGUGGCAACGAUCCUCGCCGGCGACGGCAGCCGCGUCUGGGUCGUCAUCAGCGCCUUGAGCCAAGUGACGAACCGCCUUACGAGCGCGCUCGACGAAGCCGUCUACGGCACACAGCACCUGCGCAGCUACCACAGCAUCUUUGAGCAGCACAUGAAGCUUGCAGCCGAGACGACGCUGCUCUCGGAAGCCGAAGCUACGGCCGCGAUCGCCGCCGAGCAGUCGCCCGACUGGGCCAAUGCGACGCCCGUGCCCGAAGUUGCGCCUUUGAUCCACGAAUUUCAUCAACUACGCCGCGUUCUCGAUGGCAUUCGGCUAACGGAAGAGGCGUCGCCGCGACUCAAGGCACGCGUCCUUGCGUUUGGCGAGCUCCUGUCGACGCAUCUUGGGCUCGAGAUCAUGCGCGUCAACGGACUGCAUUCGACCACCCGCGUCGAUGCGCGCCAGGUGCUGCGGUCGGACCCGACGGCCGCGACCGAGAUCGACAAGUACCUUGAAGCCAACGUGCGCCCGCGGACGGCCGAGGCUGGCGUCAUGGACAGCAUUGUGGGCGCCGCCACCGUUGUCUUGACGCAAGGGUUCAUCGCCGGCGUGCCAAGCGCCAGUGGCGUCGAGACGUGUGUCUUGGGCCGUGGCGGCAGCGACACCUCGGGUGCGCUCUUUGCGGCGCUCCUCCAAGCGGCGCGGUACGAGAUCUGGACCGACGUCCACGGCAUGUACACGAGCGACCCGCGGUUCGUGCCGCACGCGCGCCUGCUAAAGAGCCUCGACUACCGUGAGGCGCAGGAGCUCGCGGCCAUGGGCGCCAAGGUGCUGCACCCACGCUGCAUUGGGCCCGCGCACUGGGCCAACGUGCCCGUCGAGAUUCGCAACACGAACGACCCCGACGGCGAAAAGACUGUGAUUGGCCACCGCGACAACGACCCGCGCGCCAAGAUCAUGGCGGUGGUCCGGCGACUCAACAUGACGCUGGUGACAAUCACCGCGUACGAUAUGUGUGGCACGUCCGGGUUCCUCUCCAAGGCCUUCUUGCCCUUUGAGCAACUCGGCAUCUCGGUCGACCUCAUCGCCACCUCCCAGUUUUCGGUGAGUGUGACCUUGGACCACAUUCCUGGGGGCGUCGCGGGUGCUGCGUUCCAGAAUUUGGUUGCUGCGCUCGAGCGGCUCGGCGCCGUUGCAGUCGUCGAGCCGUGCGCGACCGUGUCGGUCGUCGGCCGCCAUCUGCGCACGUCGCUGGGUGAGCUUGGCCCCGUCUUCCAGUUGCUCGCAGGCUACGAAGUGCUGCUACUGAGCGAGUCAGCCGAAGACCUCAACCUGAGCUUUGUCGUCUCGGAAGCCGACGCCGACGGGCUCGUCACCAAGCUCCAUGCCGCGCUCUUCCCGCCCAUGGAAGAGAAAGCAGAGACGACAACGCUGAGCUACCUGCGGUCGCCGUCCCGCGACGCGCUCCUCGGGUCGACGUACUCGGCGCUCUUGUCGUCGCCCCGAGCGUUCACGCUGUAGAUACCUUCAUGUAUAGAGCUAUCGAAGACGAUGCAAGCAUGAUCGUAUUUCGUGUUGGAUCCGGUU